AUGGAACAGCAAACCCCAGACGCCGAGGUCGUCAACACGAUCCAGGGUGUAAAGUCCCUCGCCGAUGGCAUCGCAGUUCUCAACUCCUCCCACGAAAGUCAACAAGUGCCACUACUCUACAUCGACAUCGAGCCAAACAGUCUCGGUGUAAAUGGCGAACUCAACCUCUUGGCGAUCAUGCUGUGCUACGGGCCAGAAUAUCGCCGACGUCUGUUCCUCGUCGACGUCAACCUCCUCGCAAACCAAGCAUUCUCCACGCGAGGAUACUACGGCGCCAGUUUGCGAAGCAUCCUCGACUCUGCGUCGUACCAAAAAGUCUUUUUUGACGUUAGUCAUGACUCUCAUAUUCUAUACACUCAGUAUGGGAUUAAGUUGCAGGGGGUUUAUGACCUGCAACUCAUGGAGAAUGCGUGUUGGUCACAGGAGCGCAAGAUACGGCAUCUACAGACUUUCGACCCGUUGGUGCAGAGCUUACUCGUCCACCGGAAGAACCGAAAAAGAUGGUUGAUUGACAAGUUCAACGGAGAGUGGGCGUACAGGUACGGCGCUAGAUCGCCGCACAUAGUGUUUCAGAAACGUCCGGUUGUCUCGUACAUUCGAUCAUACUGCUGUCGGAAUGUUCGGUUCAUGCCAGAGUUGUAUGAGAAGAUCUGGUAUGCUGUGCCGAUGAUUAUGGAUUUAGUUGUGCAAGAGGCUCAGAGACGAGUUGAUGAGAGCCAGGAGGAUGGGUAUGAUCCUUUGGCUAGUGGUCGGUUGAGAAGUCCUUGGUCUGCUGAGCAGCAUAAGGAGCUUGAUUAG